AUGUCGGUGCAGCUUGGAGUCUCUGGGGUGCCCGUUAUCCCCCAGGGGACGGCAUAUGGCCUCCUCAUUGGGCUUGGAGUGGCCUUUUGCGGUGUCAUUCUAGUUGCUAUCAAAGUGCAAAGGGCCUAUUUAUCCGAAGAUUCAUCAACAUCAGAGAUGUUCAUGGUCGCCAAUCGAUCAGUUGGGAGGGGUUUAACGGCGUCGGCGGUGUUUUCAUCGUGGAUGUGGAUUAACGAAACAGUGUUUUCAGCUGCCUUUUGUUACAAAUUUGGACUGGCUGUUCCUUUUUGGUGGGCUACGGGAUUGUGUUUCCAGAUUGCCUUGAUGGCAGCCCUUGGUGUAUUGGCCAAGAUUCGAGUUCCGUAUGCUCACACGUCAUUGGAGAUUAUCCGCAUGCGCUAUGGCAAAAUCGGACAUAUCGUGUUUAUUAUUUUGAACAUCACAAAUAAUGUCUUUGGGUGCGCAUCCAUGAUCUUGACAGGAUCACAACUCAUAUACGGCGUCUCCGGUAUGCACUUUGUUGCAGCUACCAUUCUUAUACCCCUUGGAGUGGUUCUGUAUACAGCAGUGGGUGGUCUGAAGGCCACCUUCUUGACGGACUACCUUCACACGGCUAUUGCCUUGAUUCUCAUCAUCUAUUUUACCCUGACUACUCUGACUCACGAAGCUGUCGGGGGUCUUGGAGGUUUAUAUGACAAAGUUAUGGCAACAGCCUCUGAAAAUAUUAUUGCGAGGAAUUAUGAAGGAUCCUUGCUUACAAUGAAAUCCCAAGACGCAAUCAUUUGGGGUCUGAUCUUGAAAUUCGGAAACCUCGCUCUCGUGGUCAUGGACACUGCAUUUUGGCAAAAGUCAUUUGCUACUGAAGUCAAGGCUACUGUGCCAGGAUAUAAUAUCGCGGCAGUCGCUAUAUUCGGCAUUCCUUGGGGCCUUGGCACUGUCAUCGGUCUCACUGCAAGGGCCAUCCACAACACACCCAUAUUCCCGACUUACCCCGGCGAGUUCUCUCCGAGCCUGGUAAAUGCAGGGUUGGUGAUGCCGUACACUAUCAAGGCUCUUAUCGGUGACAAGGGCAUUAUUGCCUUUUUUGUUCUCCUGUUCAUGGCUCUGACUAGCACUGUCUCUUCUUCGAUGAUUGCUGUCAGCAGCAUUUUAUCAUUUGAUCUGUAUAAAACAUACAUCGACCCAAAGGCGUCAGAUAAGAGACUUAUGAAAGUCAGCCAUCUUGCUGUCGUUUUUCACACCAUCUUCAUCACUGGUAUCUCGCUGGCGCUUAACUACGGAGGCGCUGACAUGACAUGGAUCGGCUAUUUCAGGCCUAUCCUCUCUUGCCCGGGUAUUAUUCCUCUGGGCUUGACCCUUGCCUGGUCAAAGCAGACCCGACUAGCAGCAAUUGCUUCGCCUAUCCUAGGAUUUCUCACAGGCCUCAGCGUCUGGCUAGCCACUGCCAAGUCACUUUAUGGCACUAUCAAUAUUGCAACCACAGAAGCGAGUUUCCCAGCCCUCUACGGAGCCAUUGCUUCGUUUUUCUCUCCUGCUCUUUACUCAGUCGUCAUUUCUCUCUACAAACCAGACUCGUUUGACUGGCGACGGUUUCUGCUCAUCGAGUUGGCGGAAGCGCCAAAGGGCGAUGACAGCGAAAUAUCGUCUCCACCAAGUGAUGAUGAGAAGGAGACCAAAACGAAUAUCGGACUCGAUGGCUCUCAGAAUAAUGGCAUUGUGGUUUCUGAAUCGCCAAGCGAGAAUAUUUCCGUAACUGUUUCCUCCGACCCCGAAAAAGCAAAGACCGUCAACGUAGGGGAAAAGAGCACGCUGAGCAUCUCCACGGAAAGGGAGAUUGGCAACAUCGACCUCGAUAAUGUGCGACACCCUUUUAGUGAAGAGACAUUGCAAGAGCUUCGCCGAUGGUAUCGCAUUGCUUGGAUCUUCUUUGUUGCGAUUGUCCUCAUCACCUUUAUCGCCUGGCCAAUGCCCCUGUACCGCAACUACAUCUUUACCAAGUCUUUCUUUUCAGGCUGGACCACCGUCGCCAUAAUCUGGCAGUUCUUUGCUUUCUUUGCGGUAGUUUUAUACCCUUUGUAUGACGGAAGGCACGCAAUUGUCAAAGCGUCUCGAGGUGUUUGGAGAGCAGUUAGCGGAAAGUUCAACAAGACAUGA